GUAUAUCAAAAAAUAGUUCAGCACAGGAAGAUAGCUGCUUGUUACCUACCACGUUCAUAUGGCUCAAAUAAGCGUGGAUGUUACAUUUUUAGAUGAGCCUGAUCCCCUUGCGGAUUCAAAAGUGCGGAUGUCCGUGUUGCGUCGAACUUUUUUUGAAGACUUAGAUAGGUCUAACAAGGUGAAUUUGAAUAAAAUAGAUAAUUUGACGUUUGGUGAGCCUGCAUCUUCUCAAGAAGCGUGCGAAAAGCCUUUAGAGAAAGAGCUUAGAGCUCCUUCUGAGAAUUCGUCUGCUUCAGAAUUUCAUACGGAUAGGCAAGUGGGGUGUGAAGCAAAGGUCAUCACGCCGGAGUUCAACUCAUGCGGGCACGAUAUUCUGGAUACUGAGGAUAUUUUCUCGGCGUGGAGAUCCCCGAUCUCCACUGUGAAUCAAGCGGGUGAUCAUGUGACAUCAUUACGACCAAAGUCCAAGUUAUGCGGAUAUUUCAAGCUCACUGUAGCCAUGCUUACUAACAUUGUGGCAGGUUCUCUCUCUGGUAUCAUUUUUAAGCGUGUUUUUCGUUCAAUAGCAUCCACUGCAAUGUCCGGUAUUUUAGUAACCCAGAGUUUAUGUAUCAUGGGAUACGCUACAGUAUCUUGGGGAGCUCUUGUACGCGAUGUUUACAGGCUGGUGAUUCGUGGCCCCGAGGUUGAAUACAACCAGGGGGUGAAAAAUAGGUUUUCCCUUGCUUGGGGUCGUCUGAUAUUCACUCUAUCACAGUCUGCCCCCCGACGGGCUUCUUUCUGGGCUGGUCUCAUCGCUGGGAUAUUUCUGCUUUAGUUAAAUGGCCUAUUAAUUACCUUUUGCCUCACGUUAAUAAUAAAAAAAUUAUUCAAGAUAUAUAUAUUUUUCCCAGAUUAAGUGAUAGACCGCUUAGUCAACGCUUAACCUCCUUAGAGUCAAAGGGAAAUCAAAAUGGCAAACCAACCAGAUGCAUAGUUUAGAAUGUCUAAUGUGGUUUCCUUCCAGUUUGUUUCAAUCAAUUCGUGACAAAAGCAGUCUUUGUUUUCCAAGCUUCUAUGACUUAAUCCAAAAAAAAAGGAGGGCUGUUUACUAUCAAAAAAAGAGAUUGAAAUCAGGUUUUAUUUCGUAUAAAAGUAUUUUCCUUUUUUAAAAAUGGUUCUUUCUAAA